UUCCGUAAUUAUUCCGGUAUCAUAAUCCGAAUCAUAGGAUUUCUCUUCUGUCUUUUCACAAACGUGUUGUAACAUUACGAGCUAAGUAAGGCGAUUAUCAGUAAUGCAACGCCAUUCAGUUCCAACAGUAAAAUGGCAUCCGUAAGGGAUUAUGGCGACUGAAUCCGUCAUCUUCAAGUUCACACCGUCGGUAGAAAUAAGUCAUUAGCUAUAGUUGUCUACUAUUCUGCUUGUGUCUCUGGAAUGGAAGAGGAAACCGAACCAACACUUGCACCACAAAGUGAAGAGAAUGUUGGUGUUGGUGAUCCGGAUGCUGUGUCUGUGGCGACAUCUAUUGGUGGGGACUUUAACUCCUCUCAGUCUCAGUGGGCGCUGGUGCCACAGAACACUCUCAUCACCUUCCACACCCUGCCCUUCAACUUGGAACAGAUUGAUGGAGCCGCUGACAUCGAGUCCAUUGAACAAGGUAGCCACAUCACAGCCAUUGAGGAUGUUGCUCCAAAGCUGGAAGAAUCUCUUGUUGCCCAGAACGUAAUCGAUGCUCAGAUUGAUGGCCAAGGUCAUUUCCCGGGCAACACUGUUGUGGAUGAUGUUGUUGGAGUGCCUACAGCGACCUUCUCAGCAGUGGUGGAGGAGGCAUUGGUCAAGGGUUCAGUAGAGACAUCGGUUCAGGUGCAGCUUCAAGCAGGGGCUUCGGACACUCGGACUGAACCAGCAAAUCUGAACAGAGAAGAGUUUACUCCAGAGAUCUUCUGUCAAGUGUCAGCGACCCUGUCCGCUGCACUGCUGCACGCUAUACCAGGCAGCCACUCGGUGCUGCUGGACGAGGUGCAGGCCGAUGUGCGCACGCACCUCAACAUCGACAGGGAGAAGGACUACACCAUCAUCGGCAACGUCAGCAUGUUGGUCCGUGUCUACAACAAACUGCAGGCCAUGAUGCCCUUCUGUACAAAAACGAGAUUAGAAUUUGUUGAUGACAACAAAGAAGACAGCCCUGCUGCAUGUGACGUGAAGGUCGAGCAGGACAGCAAGGGCACCAACUGUAACCUGCUGGUGCCGCUCGUGUCGUCCCAUGGGCGGGAGGUCCACCAGCCCCUCCGCUACAGUGGCUGUGUGCAGCUCGGGGACAUGGACCAGGAGGACGAGGAAUACAAACCUCGGCGAACAAAGCGCAACAGGAAGAUGCUGCAUCCCAAGAGGGUUCCCAAGUCCCAGGGGGACAAGGUGAAGGUCACCAGCAGUGGAGCUGGAGGAGGGGGAACUGCUACAGGCGAUGCAGACGAGUUACGAAUACAGGAAAGAGCAAAAAGCAGAAGGAAAUACGAGCUGAGAACACCAUUCAAGUACUUCUGCAAGAUUUGUUCCUUCAAGACAAAGCGAGAGAGUCACCUGAGCAAACACAUGGUUCUCCAUGAGAAGAACACUCGCCUGUACCCAUGCAGUCAGUGCAACUUCAUCGCCAUCCGCUACAGUGUCAUGCGCAGACACGAGAUCACCCACAGUGGACAGGGACACAAGUGUGAACAGUGUCCAUACAAGGCAGACAAUGCCAAGUUAGUUCUUAAACACAAGCGGCUGAAACACACACCCAAAAAAUCGGCCCAUCUGAAGUGUCCUGAGUGUAACUAUAGAACCAGCCAAGACUCGUUGAUGGCUCGCCACAUUCAGAUACAUUUGACAACUGGUGAACUUGAAGGGUUGAAGCUGAGCUAUCCCUGCCCUGACUGUGAAUAUUUGACUUAUCGCAAAGAGCACUAUCUACGGCAUCGUGCUAAUGUCCAUGGAAACAGUCGGCCUUAUUUAUGUGAUCUGUGCGGAAUGGCCUUCAAACGACCAGACACACUAGCUCAACAUAAACUGACUCAUCAGGAUCGUAAAGACAGAAACUUUUCUUUCCAUUGUAAGCAGUGUGGGAAAGGCUUCCGAUCUCAGUCACACCUGGCCGAACACCUGACAAUGCACUCGACCGAGCGACCAUACCUCUGUGAUCACUGUGGAGCUUCCUUCAAAACUCAGAACGUGCAGAAAAAGCACAUCCAGACAAUUCAUGUGAAUCCCCGGUCCUUCGGCUGUGAUAAGUGUAGCAAACGCUUCAACACUAAGUACGCUCUGCGCCGGCAUGUUCGGACUCACGACACUCCGGGCAUGCGCGAGAUGCAGAACCUGGCCGUGGAGCAGCUGACAACGGUGGAUGCAGAUGCUCUGCAGACUGUUCACACUGUCACGGAGCAGCCCACUCUAGUUCAAGACGUUAUCAGUGCUUCAAUGGAGGAGUCUUACGACCAGUCGACUGACGGCCUGCGGCAGGCGUACAGCGUCAUGCCUAACAAUGAGACUACUACAGCUCUACUAUACCUUACCAGCAACCUACAACUGGACUGAUUCUACCCCAAACUGGGAUUUUCUUGCUUGUGGGUGUGGUACUGUUUUGUUUUACAGUGUUAAAAAUAGUCCUGUAACCAUGGUAACAAUGCGCUUUGCUGUUAUUUGGUAUGUGUUCUGGUAAUAGGGUUGUGAUCUCAAACAGGAGUUCAAUCUCAUUCAAUACAGAUCCUUGCUCCUAUACUAUUCAACUCUGUAUGGAGAUCUAACAUGUAGGAAGCAAUCAGCAUUGAACAUCUAAAUGUUUUGUAUGAGCAAGUGAAACAUUCAGAGCAGCAUAUCUUAUUUCUGUAUCUUGAAAACAAACAAAAAUGGGCAGUUCCAAAUGGAAAAUAAUACAGUUCACACUAUUAUGUUGUCGUGGAUAUUUACAUACCCUGUUGUUCCUUAACGCCAUGGCAUCUCCACCCAAAUUGUGUCCUACAUGUGACCAUGCUAUCGAGGGUACACUUGUGUUCAUGUGUGUUUUCUUUUUAAAGAUAGAAAUUUCCAAAUUGAGAUCGUGAAGACAUUACGGUGAAUCUGACUGGCUCAAGAAUCUAUGCAUCCUUCAAAGAUUGCACAGGGUUCAGCUGAUGUGCUGUUCACCAGGUCUCCAUACAGAGUGGUAUCAGAGUAGAAGAUCUGUUUUACUCAGAGUCAGUCAAACAAACAAUACAUUGGGACUAGGGCUGGGAUGGGUAACUCAGGCUCUCGGGUCGGGUGGGUCCUGAGUAGGAACCGGGGACCCACAGUACGACCCAGACCCCCGUGGUUAGUUAGUGAUACACUGUUUAAUGACAAAAAAUCCCAAUAACUCAGUGGUUACACUACAAGUUCCUUUUGACUUGUAUAUAUGUUUGGGCGGAACCGCAUUAUCGGUGGUUCAAUAAGGGAGCUAACUCCGCUUGCCUAAUCGAAAGUUUGAGGUGGGCCCACAUUCAAAACUAACGCACUUGUUGUAGAGAAUAUGUACUACGUCAAAAAUCUGUAUCAAGAACUACUAUUUAAAAUGAGUAUUGUGACUUUUAAUCGGAUAAGAAUAUACAAACACGUAGAAACUACAGCAGAACUCACUUGUACAAACAUCGCAAAACUAGGUCGUUAGGUCAUUAAUAUUCAUGAGUUAUUCCUUUUAUGGAACAAGUUCCCUGAGAAAUUUUGAGGUCAUAUAGGCUUGUAUCAUAACCGAGUUCGAUUAGGUUUAUAUGGCCACCGACAUUUAUGAUUAGAUUGAUGUGUUAUAUGUACUGGAAAAUGUUGAUUGUAUGGUAUUGUCUCUCAAAUUUAAUUUGAAACACGUUUCUUGUGUUGUUACUAUUUUUGCAUAACUUUGGAACGAGAGUUAAUCAUUGCAGUUAUGUUUAUCAUGUUUAUUAAGACUUGUAUGGGAAUUUUGUUUUAUUUGCCAUUCUCCAGCAGUGAAUGGGUACCCGUUAGAAUGAGACCCAUUCAACUGACAUGCUGUCCUGUCAAAUAACACACGAGUGAAAGUUAUUCUGAGCUAAGCUGGUGAUAAGAGUGAUGGUGAUGGUUGUGUUGUUUCCUGAAAUGAAGCUUUAAUGGAGAAUGGACCCAGGGUAUCUAUCAAAAUCAAAUGGAGACAUGGUAGCCUGGAUACUCGAGGAUGGGACAUGUGGACAUGAAGUAUGACAUAUCAUCUGGCAGAUUGUUAUUGAUUGUGGAUGAUUGACAAACAAAGAAAUAGAACAGAUUUACUACUGUGUGGCACUGUGUUUUGAUUAUGUUCGCGCUGUCUACAUGGUCUAGUGAUAAUUGACAACAGAUAAAGCAUGUUAAUGUCAUUGCCAGUAUGUCACAGGCUUGUUCCUCCAUCAACAACAUUCAAACAAAGAAGUGACUAAAGUUUGGCAUCCUAAUUGAUCAACUGCUAGUUUAUGAUAUACAUGUACUACUAAAAAGGAGUUAAAGAGUACCUGAUAAUUUUAGUAUGAAUAUAGAUAUUCUGUCAUGGCUUGUAUUGCAACACAGCCUUCUAACUGUGGGUGUCCUAUUACUUGUUUUGAGUAGUAUGUAUAGACUCCUAUACUUUCUUAUGUAAGAUAGCUACGCGAUAAAAUCGCAAAGAACAAUGAAGAACAAAGCAUGGUUUAUUAUCACGAAACGUUCUAUCAUGAUGUCAUUUAUGGAGAUUCGAACAUGAGCUUGCAAUUUCAUGACAUCGUAAAUUGGACAACGUUAUUUUUUUAGCGGGACAUAUCUGGUGAGUUGUUUCCACAGACGUAGCUGGGCAACAUAGAUAAACACAAUGGCCAAUUGAUUGCACCCAAAAGUGGGAGAGAUAUGUGUAUCGAUAUUUAGAGAAAAGGUACAGAUAAUUGACCUGUAAACUGUAAGAAUAUCCGGGAAAUACCAAAUUUAACUUCCCUGAUCAUAAAAUAGACUUGUCCAACAUUUCCAAGAUCAGAUUGUUUUCAGGGAGUUAACAUUAUUUAAAUAGGGGUAAAUACUUUUCAAUCACUUCAGGGAGAAUAAACCAGGGUGUGCACCUCAUGGUUUAUUCUCCCUGCAGUGUUUUCUGUACGAUAAACAACGACCACCAGUCGUUAACUGUCUUGUAUCCUGAAUUUCCAUGCAUCUUUUGGAGACAGUUAUAUUUUGACAUUGAUUUAAUUUUUCUAUGUGUCUUAGAUUCCAUCGGUACCUGAAGACAAUUGGACAAGGAGCAGUGUAUGUUAUUUUAGAUGGUAACAUCUUUUUGUAUGAAAAAGCAGCAGGGGCAUUUGACAGGGAACUCAAAUAACAGUUGCCAUGAUUGUAUCAAGAGCAAGUAGGUGUAUUGUGGUAUGUGUUGACUGCUCUGAUGGAUAAGAGAUAGAGCCUGAUUGAGGAAUCUUGUGUAGUCUGUGUUGAUGAAGGAUGUGAAGCGGAAUAAGAACAAUGUUAAUGUGUAAUAGUGUUAUCAGUAGUUUCUUAAACAAAUCAACCACUACAAAAUAGUUCAACAAACACAAUACACGAACAAUUUUUACAACAUAUAGUUUUGUCUUUCCAAAAAGGGUCACGUCCAGUUAAUAGUAGAAACAUGUGAAACUUAACAAAAGACUUGUAGUACAACAUAGUUUGAUUCCUGACCAUUGGUGGAGCCAAUUUCUGUUGCUGACUAACCUCAAGCAAUCUGACGUAGACAUACCAACAUACCAUACCAACAAAAUAUACCAUUACCAUACCAAACCAAUACAACAUACCAUGCCAACACAACAUACCAUCACAAUAUACAAUACCAAUAUUGACACACCAUACCAUACCAUUCCAUACCAUUCCAUACCAUACCAUACCAUACCAUACCAUACCAUACCAACAACAAUAUCUUCACAAUAUACCAUCCCAUGCCAACACAACUUACCGGUGAACAGCUGAAUGUGCUGUAAUUCUGUUCUCACCUUGUGUACUGUGAGUCUUAUUUAUUACCUUGAGAGACUGCACCUUCCUUGACAUGUUGCAUGUGGAAAUGCUGGGUGCAGUUACUUUUAUUAUCUUCUUGUACAAGGUGCAUUGGCAUUAAAUUUACAGUUUGUG